CUCAGACUCUUCAGACUCUGCCGGUCUUUGAUGGAAGUCUUCAUCCCCUCAUCAGAACCUCCUGCUUCACAGCCUCCUCUUCCUCCUUGGUGGUUCCGGUCCCGGGAACCUUCUCCUGGCCCCUGGCCCCCCGGGGGAAGCCCAGGAGGGGCAUGCUGAGGCGGGCCGUGUUCUCAGACCUGCAGAGGAAGGCCCUGGAGAGAACCUUCCAGAAGCAGAAGUACAUCAGCAAACCGGACCGCAAGAAACUGGCCGGGAAACUGGGCCUGAAGGACUCCCAGGUGAAGAUCUGGUUCCAGAACCGCAGGAUGAAGUGGAGGAACUCCAAAGAGCGGGAGCUGCUGUCGACGGGGGGCUGCAGGCAGCAGACCCUCCCCACCAAAACCAACCCCCACCCGGACCUGACGGACGUGGGCGGGGCCUUCUGCCAGCACCUGGACCGGACCAGAACCGACAGCCAGGAGCCAGCGCUCCCCCAGCAGAACUGGUCUCAGUCUGAGUCUGAGGAGGAGAUCAGGGUCUCAUGAGGACGGAUCCAGGAAGAAGUGACCUGAAGUGCCUGAACAUGUAAAUAUGUCCUCCUCUGUACAGAUAAACAUUUGUCCCUGCUGCUGGAAGACGGUCAAAUGUCCUAAAUGUCCCUUCAGAUAAAGAACUCUUCAUAUUUUCUUAAAUAAACCUGAAAAGUCUCCA